UCUUGCUGGCAGCAGUCUUCUCCUCCUACUUCUCCCAUACGUCCGUCCUUCCCUCCUCUCGUCUUCUUCUUCAAAAACCCACCCCCACUUUCUAAUUUCUUUUCCCUUCCCCAAAACCCCAAAAUUUCCUAAAACCCUUAUGCGAUUCUAAACCCCUUUUCCCAUAUUCCAUGCUUUAGCACAAACCAUUCUAAACUCCAUCCCAUACAUGAAAAAGAUGCUUCCUUUCUCACACCUCAGUUGCCUAUUCCUUGUACUCUGUUGCCUGUCAUCAGCAGUACAAUCGAACUUGGAAUCAUCUUCUUCAAUCUAUGAAGUACUAAAAUGCCAUGGCUUGCCAAUGGGCUUACUCCCUAAGGGAGUCAAGAACUUCACUUUGGAUAAUUCUGGUAAAUUUGAGGUGCACUUGGAUCAAGCUUGCAAUGCUAAAUUUGAAAACGAAUUGCACUACGAAACAAAUGUUUCCGGUACUUUGAGCUACGGCCAGAUCGGUGAGCUGGCUGGAAUUUCAGCACAGGAUUUGUUCUUGUGGUUUCCCGUUAAGGAAAUCAGGGUGGAUAUACCUAGCUCCGGGUUGAUUUAUUUUGAUGUUGGGGUGGUUUCUAAGCAGUUUUCUUUGUCCUCGUUUGAGACACCGAGGGAUUGUACUGCUGUUCAGCUCACGGAUCAGAUUCAAGAUGGGAAGCACAUAUUAGAGGCUGUUUCAAAGAGUCUCUUGGGGAAGCUCCGGUAUCAGCUUGAUCAGGGAGAUUUUGUAAGGACUGUUCUGUAGAUUUUGCUAGUCAGGAGAGGUCAAGUUGCACUAUAGCUCAAUCAGACCAUGGGUCUUCCAUUAUUCAUUCUAUGUACAUGUCUGCCGAAAGUCUGGUUUAGUGGUCAUAUGCUUCAUUCAGGUGUGCUUGCUUGCGGUUUCAUGUAUAGUGCUGCAAACUAUCAUGCCAGCUCCUAUCUUUUUGACGGUUGUGAUUGGACUCCGAGAUGAGGAGAGAAAGCCAGGAUAUAUUGAUGCUUCAUUUGAGUGUCUAUGAGAGAGAGGAUAUAAAGAUACAGGAGCACUACAUAAAUUACUUGUGAUAGAUUUGCAGAGGCUAAGAAAGUUGGAUUCAUUGAAGACGGCAUAUUUUUGCCAAAAAUUGCAUGAGCAAUGGUACGCAUCUGCUCCAAGUUUUUUUUUUGUUUUGUUUUCCUCGUCCAGUUUUCGACUGUAAGAUACAUACAUUCUCUUGUAAGAAGAAUGUAAUGUUGGCUGAAACUAUUUCAGGAAUUUCUCUAAUCUAGUGGGCCAGAGUUGAAUCCUAAGCUUAGAAAACCUGCUACCUGCAAAUCUUGAUUCUGCCUCUGUUUAGUUUUGUCUUCCUUAUCAAACUUGCUGUGUUCUUUUACAAGGCCAUGUAUUGAAAUAGUUAGAUGGUCUUUUCCCAAUUCUCACAUGCUUGCUAACAAGAUUUACCUGUUUACAUCAUGCAAGCAAUUCGCUUCUCUUUUCUGUGAUAUUUAUAAUGCGUUCAAAUUUGGGAAAUCAAAAUUGUCAAUAGCUUAAGACCAAAGCUUUCUGUUCUUUCUGCACUUAAGAGGAAAUCAGUAUUCCAGUGGGGGAUUGAUGUAAUUAUAUUUCAAUGUAGAGGCUAUGACUUGUUUUGUUUAACAUGUAAAUUCUUAGAAUUGUUUAACAUAUGUUCUUUUUUCAUUUUCCUGGGAUUCUUGUGAUCUGUGUGGAAUGGGAAGCAGGAGGGAGAGAACGACAUAUUGACCUAAGUUUUGCACUUGACUAAACUCUUCCAUACGUUGUCUCAUUUACUUCUCAAAAAUGAUUUAUUUACAAGUAAUGGGAUCAAGAUGAGAAAUUUAUAAUCCGGCACCUGCCCACACUUCUUUUAAACAUAUCAAGCUGUCCUAAAGUGGACUGUAGUGAGGUUCAUGAACGAGAAUACGAGUAAAAGAAAGAAAACUUGAUGACAGGGAAAAGUGGUCAAAUGUCUUAGUGAGAAUUACCUUAUGACUUCAAAUAUUGCAGCUAGAUUUUGUAAUUCUUUAAGCAUCUUUGGCUUUAUUCUUGCAUGGUACCGAUUUCACAACAGGUGUUCCUGGACUGUUGGUAUCCAAGGAAACCCACAUGUAUAACUAUCGUAUACUAAUAAGUAUUUCUGCCCCAUAUUCCCAUACAGCUGCUGAUGAACUCAUAGCAAUGUUACAUUUUCUUCUAUAGUGUCCAUUGAUUGGAUUUUAGCUGAUUUGCUUGUUCAUUGUCUUGUUUCCUUUCUGUUGCCUACUUUAACAAUAGGAGCAUUUUAAUAAGCUUUUAUUUUUCUAUGAGCAGUGGGUUUCAGUAUAAACCUUUUUCCCCUGGAUCGAUACCAUGGGAUUGUUACCUUUUAAUGAAUCAUCAGGUUAAUGAAUUGUAUAUUGCCACUGGAAAGAGAGUGAAAGAUAAGCAAGAGCUCAUUAAAAUCUUUCAUUUUUGCAAAUAUGUUGAUGAUGCUGGCCCGAACGGGGCUGCCACUUGCAAGCAUGCAUGUGGUGAAGUGAAAAACAAAAUACCAAUAGUGGCGUGAAAAUUAACUAUUUCAUUCUUUUUUUAAAGUAUGAGUUUUGACCAUGAGAAAAGGGACAAAUUUAGGGAAAAAAAAAUAAGUUAAGUCUGACAUAUAUUUAGUCCUUUUAAAAUCUCUUCGUUUGUAUUGGGAUAUUGUCUUUUUGAUGUUAAAUAAUGAAAAGCUGGCAAAGAGUGACUUUCACAUGGCAUAUGCUGGGUAAGGGCGCUAUGUAUUUGAGUACAGGCUAGUGUAUACAUUUACUAUCUUAAUGCAUGCAUUGUACUCGACAAUGAUCACUGGUGACGGUAGAGAUUUCGUGGUAUGGAUGGAUUUCCAGCAAGUGUGUGAAUAUGCACAUGGAGGCAGAUUUCUAUGAAUGGGAUUUCCAGCACCUGAGUGUCCCUCAAAUGGAAAUGGACCACCCCCUCUAUUAUUGUCAUUGAUAUCAUCUAAAGUCUCCACCUUUAGGUCUCUGCAGUUUUGGCCAGAUAAGUUAAUCCGAGUGCAGGGCAGCAUAGCUCCUCAAGGGCUCUCUUCUUUUUGUUGUUUUUCUCUUUUGCUGGACGUUACUGCCAACAAAAGACACCAGCAACAACUCCUACAAAAUAUGUCCGCCACUCAACAUCCUCAUCCUAGACCGAUGAGAAUGAUUCAGAUUGUUCUCUGGGUUUACCACUCGACCAAAUAGGCAUAAAAUUGCAGAUGUGAAGGAAUUCUAGGCUUUCUUUCUUUGUGCAAAACAGAAGUUUUUCCUUUUUGCAACUUAAAUAAGACUCAAAAACUGUAAAAGCUUUCGCAGUGAAGGGUGAAAUUGUGGUUGAUUUUGUGUAACAGCAUGUACUACUGUUAUAAUACUAGGAGGAUGUCUGUCGGACCCACGGCGGGCUUUAUAGAUGGACGCCGACGGACAAUGAUGAUAUCAUUGACUGGAGAAGUCUCCCAUACAGUUUGAUGGCCACUGGGGUGGCAUUUAAGUGUUGCAAUUAUUCCAGGCAAAGUUCAUACUAUUACUAAUAGGGAGAAAAUGUCAAAUGUGAAAAGUCCCCCAGAUGCUGUAUAAAGUAUACUAAACUAGUAGUAGUAAUUAAAAGAAACCUACGGCACCAUACAUUUGUUUCGGGCCUAGCUGCGCCUUCAAUUAGUAUUUAGCAGCGACAGAUUCAACAGAUUUCCCUGUUCUGUUUUCGGGCCUUUGAUCUUCCGACCAAAAGAAAUUAUUGGUAACAUCAUAGCAAGAUUAGAAUAGAAGUUGGUUUUGUUCAUUACCAACUGGAGACGAAAGGUGCCUAAUUCACCCGGUGCACAACACACUUUGUACAGAAUGAACUUAUUCUGGAAAUGGUUCAAAGGUUUAGAGGACUUGCAAAUCAAGGAAAGACACGGGACCAAACCUGAGGAUGAAGAAUGAUGUGGGGUUGUGGGUGCAAAUCUUGAACAAGGAUUAUGAACGAGGAUGAGCUGCUGAGUGGAUGCGACACAUUUCAACAAAAUCCGGACCGUCAAAUCGCUCAAUCGAAACCCCAAAAAGUCUCACAUCACAAUCACAUUAGCAAGUCUUCCUCCCAACCGUUGAACAUUCUAGAAAAAUCUCUUAUGUGCUACGUAGUAACAAAAAUUUUUUUUUUAAAAAAAACAAAAAUAUUCUAGUACUCGAACUACUACUACUACUAAAUGCAAAGGGAUUUUCCUAAUCUGUUUAUCUUUUCGUCAUCUACUCUCCUUCGCUCUACUCCUCUCCUUUCUCUUUCUUCGCUCCCUGGCCCGGACAAGGAAAACCCAUCUCCUCCGGCGCCCGCACUCCAUCUUCAACGGUUACUUUCUGUAAACCAGUUGGAGAUGUCAGUUAUUAUUCCAUCUAUAUCCCUUGCUCCAACCCUCACUUCCCGCCACUCGAAAGCUCCCACAUCAUUUCUCUUCCUCCCCAACGAUUCUACUUCGAAUCCCAAUUCUCUUUCUUUUUCCCUCGCUUUCACGAAAAGGCCUCUUCUUCUUCCAUUUUUGAACAAGGGUUUCCGUGGGUUUGGUUCUUUAUCUGCCAUAGCCUGCUCAACGACGUCGUCCCCGUUUAUUGGAAAGGUUGGGUGGCAUAAGCGAGAAGGCAAUUUUUCUCUCUUAUCUUUUGGUGCAAGCCUCGAUGAAAGCGUGAUGGAAGCUGAUAAAAAGGCGGAUUCUUCCCAAGUUUUGUCUGCAAUGCUUCCUUUUGUGGUGGCCCUCACUGCAGUUUCUGCUCUUUCUCAGCCUUCUACUUUCACUUGGGUGUCAAAAGAACUCUAUGCUCCUGCACUCGGAGGAAUCAUGUUGUCUAUUGGGAUCAGGCUUUCAAUUGAUGACUUUGCUCUGGCAUUCAAAAGGCCUGUCCCUCUGUCUAUUGGAUUUGUUGCACAAUAUGCCCUGAAACCAGCACUUGGAGUGUUGGUUGCGCGAGCAUUUGGAAUGUCUCGUAUAUUCUUUGCCGGUUUUGUCCUCAUGUCUUGUGUUGCUGGGGCUCAGCUGUCUAGUUAUGCCAGCUUCUUGAGUAAAGGCGAUGUUGCUUUGAGCAUUCUUUUGACCAGCUCAUCAACCAUUGCUUCAGUCCUCGUUACUCCUCUUCUAACAGGCCUUCUCAUUGGUUCUGUUGUUCCAGUUGAUGCAGUUGCUAUGUCAAAGUCAAUUUUGCAGGUUGUUCUUGCCCCAGUAACACUUGGCCUAGUCCUCAACACAUAUGCAAAACCAGUUGUCUAUCUCCUUCAACCUGUGAUGCCAUUCGUUGCAAUGAUUUGCACUUCAAUGUGUAUUGGCAGUCCUCUUGCAAUUAAUCGUAGCCAAAUACUUUCUCCCGAGGGUCUGAGAUUGGUGGCUCCUGUACUGACGUUUCAUGCAGUGGCAUUUACUUUGGGUUAUUGGAUAUCCAAAAUCCCAAUUUUCAGGUUAGAAGAAGAAGUCAGCCGGACAGUUUCAUUGUGUACAGGAAUGCAGAGUUCUACAUUGGCAGGGCUGCUUGCAACUCAAUUCCUUGGGAGCACUCAAGCAGUUCCUCCUGCAUGCUCAGUAGUUGCCAUGGCUAUCAUGGGCCUCUGUCUAGCCUCGUUCUGGGGGAGUGGACGUCGGAUUAGGGACUUGCCCUCUGUACUAAUUUCACAAGCGGGUAGCACCGUUGAGGCUUGACAAAAGUGGCUCCUUACUGGAAUUUGGGAUUCACCACGCAUCUUAUUCCAUAAACUGGUGGAAUUGUCGAGGCCCAGAAAGGUGGCUCAUUCUUUUUUUUGGACAAUCAGCAGGCUAAUUGAACAUCCAAUAUAUAGGCAGCAGAAGAGUAGAUCGUAAUCUAAGUAGAGCAGCAUAACCAUAGAUAGCAGUACACCUAUAGAAUUGGAGGAUACGAAGCGAAAGUGGGGAAAGCUGUAUAUUCCUUGUACAGUUUUUUGGUAUUUUGCAGCCCUUGGCUUCAAAUCUGCAAGCCCCAUUAAUGUUUACUUUUGUGUAUAGUCUAUACGGACAAGACGUAAAUCAGAUUACUAAGGCACCUGAAAUGUGAACGAUUUGCCUCUCCUCAGUUCUCUCAUACAGGUGCAAAAGAUUAACGAAGUGUACGCUCUCUUGAACUUGACUGCAUUAUAGCCGACUUCAAAGUUUACCCAAAAAAGUAACACCCUGGAGUUUCAGUUUCUUGGGAUUGGAAGUGAAUACUCCGAGUUAGAAAGAAGCAAAAGGAUUGGGCUGGUUUAAAGUUGAAUUUUGUGAAUCAUUCUUUGAUACAGUCAGCAUCAUCUGCCUGAUUGAAGAUUUGGAGGUUUAUGGGCCACAUCGUGCCCGAUUUAUGUUUUGUUAGCUUAUGUUUUGUCAGCUUCAAAACAAGUUACAUGGAAUUAGUUGUUCUCUAAAAGUUGGACACAAGGUACCCAUACAUAAAGCCCAAGAGGGCGCCGUAUGCAAGGUUUUGAAUUCUUUGUUUGUAAGUAUUAUUACGUUCUCUCUGUUGCAUUAUGUGUUUGGGUGCGUUACAUUUGUGCCUUCGGGCGAUUAGUGUA